AUGCAGCUCUAUCGCUCUAUAAGUGGUUCCGUCUCCAAGACAUGGAAUUCCAUCAACCCGGCUACCCUUAGCGGGGCUAUUGAUGUCAUUGUCAUAGAGCAAGAAGAUGGCACCCUUGCUUGUUCGCCCUUUCACGUCCGGUUUGGCAAGUUUUCCCUCUUGCGUCCGUUUGAGAAGAAGGUGGAGUUCAAGGUGAACGACAUAAAACAAGAAUAUGCUAUGAAAUUGGGAGAAGGGGGUGAGGCUUUCUUCGUCUUUGAGACGACUGAUGACAUCCCCGCAUCCUUGCAGACCUCGCCGUUGGUAUCUCCAGCAGCCAGUCCGAGAGCUCAGAGCGAACCGGACAUUUUGCCUUUGCUGCAAGAACCCGAUUACCUUGACCUGGACAAAGGAAACAGGGAUGCAUUGUCAGAGGGCGCAAAGACCCCACCGGCGAUGGCGGUGCCAUCGAACAAGCUACGGGCAAACACGGAUUUAGGGAUAUUAACACCAUUAUCUGGAUCUCCCGAUGAAUCCAAUGUGUCUCGUUCGCGGCACGGCUCCUUGAGCGCUAAUCCGACACUCGAUCACACACAUUCGGACGAUGUGCUUUCGACCAGCUCCCCUCAACAAUGUCUUUCUGGUCAUUCAGAAAAUGGGAACAACGAACCCCAUGACAUUGAUAUCGAGGGCGAAACACACCACCGCUCCCGUAGCCCUACUUUGUCCCCCCAGGAAGCGGUGUCUCGUGCCAUUUCGCUGUCAAAGAAGCUGUCUGGUUCCAAUAUUCCAUCACAUGUCACUGAGACUGGAGAUCUGAUGUUGGAUAUGACCGGCUACAAAAGCAAUGAAGAAGAUGCCCUUCGCGCGGAGGUUGUUGCGCGCAAAAUUCUUGCGGAAGAGCUUGAAGGAAGCUAUGACAUCGGUGCAUUGAUUGGAGCUGAUGAACAUGGCAAUUUAUGGAUAUACAGCAGCGAAGAGUCCAAAGAACUGGCUGAUCGGAGAGCCACUCUUCACUCCAUGCGACCGAACAUAGGGAUGAGCGAUGAUGCUCUCUCCGACCCAGGAUACCACAGUGAAGGCGAACACGCUGUCUUGGAGCCAUCAUUGACUACGCGCCAUCACCGAACGAAAUCAGAUGUUCAACCCGGCUUUCCCACACCCCCUGAUUCACCCUUGCAUGAUUCUUUCCCCGUCGAAACCCGCAACUAUGCCAAGACACUCCGCUUGACAAGCGAUCAACUUAAGGCCUUAGAUCUGAAGGCUGGCGCCAACACAAUGUCUUUCAGUGUCAACAGAGCAGUUUGCACUGCAAACAUGUACUUGUGGAAUGGCAACACCCCGAUUGUGAUUUCUGAUAUUGAUGGAACUAUUACUAAGUCGGAUGCGUUGGGACACGUUCUCAAUAUGAUUGGACGUGAUUGGACGCAUGCGGGAGUCGCCAAAUUGUACACCGACAUUGCCAACAAUGGGUACAAUAUUAUGUAUCUUACGAGUCGGUCUGUAGGUCAGACAGAUCUCACACGGGCCUAUCUUCACGGUAUUUGCCAAGAUGGAUACAGACUACCAAGAGGUCCAGUGAUCUGCAGCCCCGAUCGCACUAUGGCCGCUCUGCGGCGGGAGAUCUAUUUGAGAAAACCCGAAGUUUUCAAGAUGGCAUGUCUGCGGGAUAUCCUCAACCUCUUCUGCGGCAAAGAAAAUCCUUUCUACGCUGGCUUCGGAAAUCGAUUGACAGACGCACUGAGUUAUCGCUCUGUGAACAUUCCAUCUACUCGGAUUUUCACAAUUAACUCUAACGCUGAAGUGUCCCUGGAUUUGCUUAGUCUCAACAAGUACAAGAGCAGUUAUGUGACGAUGCAAGAGCUGCUCGACCAUUUCUUUCCACCAACUAGCCUUCUUGUGCACGACGGUGGUGAGGAAUAUACGGAUUUUACAUACUGGAGAAAUACACCGCAUGAACUCGCAGACUUCUCAACAACAGACAGCGAGAAGGAGGACGAAGAUGAAGACGAGGAAGACGCAGACGAAGACCUGGUCGAAGAAGAAGAUGGUGGUGAAGAAUAUGAUGAAGACUUGAGCGAGGGUGAAGGCAGCGAGUAUCUCGAUGAGGCUGAGUUGGCCGAGGAGGAUCUCGGCGCAAGCUACAUGUCUCAGGACUCGGUUGCCUUGUCUAACCCAGCAGGCUCAAUACUUGAAUCGGUGGAAAAGGAUCUCGGAGUCGAAGAGGGGGCUAUUUGUGAAGAGGAACUGUCUCCCAUCGCUGAGAAACCACAAGAAGCAUCUAAGCCGAGCAUAACCUCUCUUCCCAUCCGGUCAAAGAUGCCCCAGAAUUCUUGA